AUGGGGGGCGGCGGGCGGCGCCCCGGGCCUCCCCCCGGACGGCGGGGCGGCGGGCCGAGCGCGGAGGGGCCCCGGAGCCGAAGCAUGGCCGGGACGGGGCUGCGGGGCGGGCUGCUGUGCCUGGGCGCCCUGCUGGCGAUGGGCGCCGGAGCCGUGCCGCGCGGCCGCCUGCUGCCCUUCGGGAGGGGGCGCGGGGAUGGGGCGCUGCCCCACGGCGACGACGAGGGGUCGGGGGCGCUGCGCCUGGCCGCCCCGCUGCCCUUCUACGAGGCCCGCUUCGGGCAGCUCUACGUCGGGACCAACGGGAUCAUUUCCACCCAGGACUUCCCCCGGGAGACCCAGUAUGUGGACGACGAUUUUCCAACGGACUUUCCCGCCAUCGCUCCUUUCCUGGCCGACAUUGACACCAGCUUUGGGAGAGGCCAAAUUUACUACCGCCAGGAUGACACCCAGGAGGUGCUGGAUCAGGCCGCUCAGCUGAUCCGGGCUGGAUUUCCUAGUGCUGCGGGCUUCGUCCCACACCACGUUUUCGUGGCUACCUGGGAGAAUGUGGGGGCAUACGAAGAGGUCACCCGGAACUCGGAGCCCUCCACACAGCGCAACACCUUUCAGGCCAUCUUAGCCUACACCGACUCCGAUGCCUACGCCGUCUUCCUUUACCCCGAAGACGGGAUCCAGUUCUUCGGGACACGGCCAAAAGAGUCGUACAACGUCAAUCUAGAACUCCCAGCCCGGGUGGGCUUCAGCAGAGGGGAUUUCCAGAGGCAGGAAGGCCCCUACUACAGCGCCACCAGCAGCGAGCAGUCCGUCAAGGACCUCUACCAGACGAGCAACUCAGGAAUCCCUGGAGUGUGGGUCUUCCAUAUCGGCAGCAGCUCCCCACUGAAGAACGUGGUUCCGGCCGCAGCGGGCCAGAGACAGUCGUCUUUUGAAGGGCAUUUAUUGAAAACUUCGGAGAGCAGUGUCGUCGACCCAAACAUCCUGGAGGCGGAGUAUCCCGACGCAAAUCUUGAUUACGCCGAGUCCUUCUACAACGGAAACGAAGACGACUUCGAGUACUUGCCCAUUCAGCCCACCGAGCUGGCGCCGAAAACGAGACCCGGCGAUUUGUUAAACCUCGACGGCCGACUUGAUUAUCACGAGCCGAGGCAUUCUGGGGCCAGGCUAGAUUCGGAACUGGAGUCCUUGCUGCUGGACCUGCCGCCCAGCCUCCCCCCACCGUAUCCUGAACUGGAUUCCUUCCUGUUGUUCCCUGAAUACCCAUCCCCACCAUCUUCUGCAUCAGAAGGAAAUGAUGGAACCGCGCCCUUGCCGACGGUGUACGAGAGCCCCAUUGAGGCAGAGACUGCAGUCCUGCUGUACCACCCUGACCGUCAGGAUACGCCAGCCCUGCCGGAAGAAGACGGUGGCGUCCCUUCGGAAACGGAAACCCUUCCUGUCUACCCCGAUGGGGAGGUUGUCCUCGAAAGCUUCCCGGACAAUGCUCCACCUUUUAGCCACAGGAGACGGGUUGUGGGUGUGGAUGAAGACAUCAACUUUAACCCUGAUGUGUUCACGUACAGUGCUGCCAACGUGGAAACCUGCGAGCGCCACCACAGCCAGUGCUCCCAGCAUGCCUUCUGCACGGACUACAGCACUGGAUUCUGCUGCCAUUGCCAGGCCAAGUUCUAUGGGAACGGGAGGCACUGCUUACCAGAAGGUGCUGCCCAUCGCCUCAACGGUAAAGUGAGUGGGAAUCUCCUGGUGGGACAAACCCCCAUCCGGUUCAGUGAUGUUGACCUGCAUGCCUACAUCGUGGGCAACGACGGGCGCGCCUACACCGCCAUCAGCCACAUUCCUCAGCUGGCUGCCCAGGCCCUGAUGCCCUUGGCCCCUAUCGGGGGCCUCUUCGGCUGGCUUUUUGCUCUGGAGAAACCUGGGUAUGAAAACGGCUUCAGCAUCGCUGGUGCUCAAUUCACUCACAAUUUUGAAGUCACUUUCUAUCCGGGAGAGGAAAAGAUUUUUGUCCAGCAAACGGCUGAAGGGUUGGAUGCGGAAAACUACCUCAGCGUUAAGACUGACAUUCAAGGGCAGGUGCCUUCGGUUCCUGGGGAUUCCACAGUCCACAUUGCGCCGUACAAGGAAAUCUACCACUACUCAGACUCAGCUGUGACAUCCACAUCUUACCGGGAGUACUCCCUCACUUCCGGGAGCAUCAACCAAACCUUUUCCUACCGGCUGGUUCAGAAUAUAACGUACCAGAGCUGCCCGCACGUGCGCCACCACAGGGUCUUCCCCACUGCUCAGCAGCUGACGGUGGACCGGAUCUUCGCUUUGUACAAUGAGGAGGAGAGGGUGCUGCGCUAUGCCGUCACCAACCAAAUUGGAUCCCUAUCACGAGAUGAGUCUGGCUCAACCUUGGUGAACCCCUGCUAUGACGGCACUCAUUCAUGUGACACAACGGCACGCUGCCAGGCAGGUUCCGGUCUCGAUUAUGCCUGCGAGUGCACAGCCGGUUACUGGGGAGAUGGAAAGGAAUGCACAGACAUCAACGAGUGUGCUGAAGGCAUCAGCAGGUGCAGCCGAGAGUCGGUGUGCGUGAAUACUGUGGGCAGCUACCGGUGUGAGUGCCCCAGCGGGUUCCAGCUGGCAGCUGACCGUGCCAGUUGCCUAGUCAUAGCGCCGCCAUCCAAUCCUUGCACCGAAGGGACUCACUCCUGUGCCCCUGCGGAUCGGGCACGCUGCGUGCAUCACGGGGGCAGCGCCUUCAGCUGUGAGUGCCUUGCGGGGUACGCUGGUGACGGACGCAACUGCACAGACUUGGAUGAAUGUGCUGAAAGGAGGUGCCACCCAGCAGCCGACUGCUCCAAUUCUCCCGGCUCCUUCUCCUGCCGCUGCCCGGCCGGUUAUGAGGGGGACGGGUUCCAGUGCUCGCCAGGUAUGGCUUCGAGACUGACCCGCUGCGAACACGAGCGACUCUAUUCAAGCCAGCAAGGCUCCCCCAUUCCCGGAGGGCCCCACGUACCUCAGUGCGAUGACCAGGGGAACUACAGGCCACUGCAGUGCCGCAGUAGCACUGGGGAGUGCUGGUGUGUCGAUGAAGAUGGCCGGGAAAUCUCCGGGAGCCGGACACCCCCGGGCGCCUCUCCACCACCCUGCGGGGCUCCAGAGCCGACGCAGAGGCCGCAGACGAUGUGCGAGCGCUGGCGAGAGAGCCUCCUGGAGCAUUACGGCGGCAGCCCCCGCGGCGACCAGUACGUGCCCCAGUGCGACCCUCUGGGCCACUUUAGCCCGCUCCAGUGCCACGGGGACAGUGGCUACUGCUGGUGCGUGGACGAGAAAGGCCACGAGGUCCAAGGCACCCGCUCAGAGCCUGGUGUCCCUCCUCCAUGCCUGCCGAGCGUUGCCCCUCCAACCGUCCGGCCAGCUCCACGACCGGAUGUCGUUCCUCCCUCUGCCGGGACGUUCUUGUUGUACGCACAGGGCCAGCAAAUAGGCUAUUUGCCCCUGAAUGGCACCCGACUUAACAAGGAAGGCGCGAAGACCCUUCUGUCUCUGCAUGGUUCGAUUGUGGUGGGGAUUGACUUUGACUGCAGGGAGAAAAUGCUAUACUGGACGGACGUCGCAGGGCGGACCAUCAGCCGGGCCGGCCUAGAGCAGGGGGCAGAGCCGGAAACAGUGAUCAACACCGGGCUGAUUAGUCCAGAAGGCCUUACCAUUGACCACCUCCGAAGAACCAUGUUUUGGACGGACAGCGGCUUGGAUAAGAUUGAGAGCGCCCGACUGGACGGCUCAGAGCGCCGCGUUCUCUUUGCCACCGACCUCGUCAAUCCUCGUGCCAUCGCGGUGGACCCCAUCCGUGGCAACCUUUACUGGACCGACUGGAAUCGCGAAGCCCCCAAGAUUGAGACGUCCACCGUGACCGGAGAACACAGGCGGAUUUUGGUCAACAAAGACAUCGGGCUGCCCAACGGCUUAACCUUUGACCCCUUUUCCAAAUUGAUUUGUUGGGCCGAUGCAGGAACCAAGAAGCUGGAGUGUGCCCUCCCCGACGGAACAGGAAGGCGUGCCAUUCAGAAUAACCUCAACUACCCCUUCAGCCUUGUGGGCUACGCCGAUCACUUUUACCACACGGACUGGAGAAGGGACGGCGUUAUAGCUGUGAACAAAGACAACGGUGCUUUUACGGGUGAAUAUCUUCCCGAACAGCGGACGCACCUCUACGGGAUAACGACAGUCCACCCGUACUGCCCAGGAGGAAAGAAAUAAGCUACUGGGGGU